UCCUCAUUUUGUCAGCUCCAUGUUUCAAGGCCCACUGCUGACUUCCCAGACACUGCUGGCAUGCCUGUUGGUGGUGUCUGGGACCCUGUUGCAGGCAGCAGACUCCAAGUCACUGCCUUGCUGCUGAUGCAAAACCUCCACAAGAGGUUCCACAGAGCUGUGGGGGCCAUGUGGGCUGCUGAGAUCCCCCUGCUGCUGCAGUGUCUCCAAGGGAAAGAUGAGAGCUUCCCGGACCCUGCAGAGUGGGAGUGCCAUCUGCUAAAGUUCCUGAGGGCGUCACUGGACACCAUCAGUGAUGAGGCCUGGAUCGAGGCCCUGAGCUGCGAGCUGAGCCGGUGGCUGAGCAGUUCUCCCAGCAGCUCUGGAGAAAAGGCUUUCCUGUACAAGGCUCUGGGGACAGCACUGGGAGCUUGUAAGGGAGUCCUCCACGUCCAAGAGAAGCUGCUGCAGCACUUGGAGGAAGCAAAUGCGGAGGAGCCAUCGGAGGCCCAGGGAAUAAUCUCUCUUCUCAGCCAUGCUGCUGAGGGCAAAUUCCACCCAGUCCUGGACACACUCACCGUGUUUGCAUCCAGGCUGUGCACAGGCUGGAAUGCGAGGAUUUCCAGGCACAAGAAGAUGGAGCUGGACAGCACGAGAGCUCAUGCCACACGCAGCGCUCUCAUGCUCGCUCAUGGCAGCUUGGCACUGCGUGCCUCCAAGGAACAGCUGCUUGUCCACCUGGAGGGAGACAUCGUGGGCAACAUCCUGAUGCUCUACAGCUGCAGCUGCCAGGACUUGCAGAACAACCUUGCGCUGGUGCAGAGCAUCACCGACUUCAGCUCAGCCUUGCAAGCUGUGGAUGACUCUGCCUGCUUUAACCCUUCCUUCAAGGGCAAGCUUCUGGAGAUCCUGAUGGACUUGCUGAAGUACUACUACUCAGGAAUCCCUGUCUCCCCAGUGCCCCUCAAGUUGGUUCUGGCCCUGGAGCAGUUGAGAUAAGGUCUGGGGUUGCAAGGCAGGAUGAUGCGUGAAAUAUUGAUUCUGUGCUGCAAGAACAUUGUGAUGCACCCUUCAGCAGAGAUGAUGCUGAAGAUCAGAAAGUCACAGCAAGCAGCUCAGUACCUGCAGCUUCAGCAAACAUCACUGAAAUCUUUGGGCCAGCUUAUGGCAGUUCUGCUCAAGACAGAGCCCACCUGUGGCUUUUUCCAGAACAUAGUCCAUGUCCUGCAGAGAUCUAUGACAUCAGACAAUGUGUGGGAGCACAAGAGGGCCCUGCAGACCUGCUCCCAGCUGCUGACUGUUUGUGAAGAGUUUCAAAGAGGAGAUGCCUAGGAGCACUUUGGCUCCUUGGUGGGAUUGCUGGCACCUCUGAUGUGUGACCCCAUGCCCACAUCCCACCAGUUGGCUGUCACCUGCCUCAGCUCCCUUCUCCAAAUCCAAGAUCAUGUGCAGAAACUUCCCUCUAGAACGCACCGUUGACUUCAUGAUGGCCAUCAAGGAGACCUUCAGGAGAGCCAAAGGAGUGCGUGUGCGUGCUGCUGGGAAGUAGAUGACCACCUUUCUGCAGAUGUACAGAAAGGACAUCUGUUGGGAUGUGUCUCCAAUCCUCUACAUCCUGCACAGCUACACAUCAUCUGUGCAGCAGAGCACAUCCAUGCCCUUCCUGUGCCAGGCAGUGGUCAUCCUCACAAGCUGUCACACAGAAGUCAUGAUCGACAACUUCUUCCAGCUGCAUGGGCCCACAGACAGGGAGACAUGGAGGAGAAUAAGAGAGUCUUCACUUCAAUGAUAGAGCUGGAGGCAAGGAGGGGAAAAGCAAGCCAAGGAGGGGAAAAGCAAGGCAAGGAUCACUAGACUCCCUGAGGAGUCUAUUCGUACAGUCCAGUCCUGAGAGCCAUCCCAUCGUGUCUCAGUGAUGCUAAUGACAUCAUAGCCCUGUAGGUAUAUGUAUGCCUGCAACUCCUCUUGCUUGUUCCCCUUGCUUCAUGCAUUAGUAUGCAGACAUUUGAGUUGAGCUCCCACUAUGGCUGAUUUACCAUCUUGAAUUCCCUUAUCCUGCACGUUAGGUGCUGUCUAAUGGCCUGUGUGACUUAGUAUGUACAACUUAGAGUACUCAAACUACAAAAAAUAUUCUAAUCCUAGUCUUUGCUACAGUAAGCCUUUCAAAGGUGUGAGAUGGAAUAACACAUUUACAUAUUCAUUGAUAAAUAUACAUA